AACAAAUUUGCACCGUGAUCAAUUUUGGCUUCUUUCCUUUUCCCAUUCGGAGUAAGAAAUUCUCCCUCUUUUAAACGCAUCAAUUUUUUGAACAGAAUUCUAAAACUUCAAUAAAUACCUCUGUUUCUUCAGCUGCAAAACAAACAAACAAAAAAAAGCUUCAAUAAUCUCUAAUAAAAACAUCAAGUGAAGAAGAGAGAAAACAAAAUUCUUAGACGUUUUUAAGUGCUAAUUUCUAGGUGGGUAUUUCUUAAAUCUGUUAAUAUUACCAAAACAGAGAUACCCAUCUAAAAAUUCAUCAAAUACACUUCUUUUUCUUUUCUUCUUUUGAGAUUAACUUCAUUCAACUAAAGACCUUUUUUGUGUUCAUUAAUUAAUCAUCAAAUUUGAAGUUUUUCCUAAGCAAAUUAAAGAAUUGAUUUUGAAGAAAGCAAACAAAAAAAAAGUGGUUUGAUAUAAUUGAUUGAAUUUUUUUAAGGGGAUGCAAAGUGAGAUAAGCAUGGAUUUUUGGCCGGAAUUUUUAGCAAAUAGUUGGGGAAGAGAAUUUGUGGCAGGUGGGUUUGGUGGAAUCGCCGGUAUUGUUGCCGGAUAUCCGUUAGAUACGAUAAGAAUCCGGCAACAAAGUUCGAAUUCUGGUUCUGCAAUGAAUAUUUUCCGGCGAGUUCUUGCUAAUGAAGGUCCUUCUGCUCUUUAUCGAGGCAUGGGUGCUCCCUUGGCUUCUGUCACUUUUCAGAAUGCCAUGGUUUUCCAAACAUACGCAGUCCUUUCACGAGCGUGUGACAAAUCUGUUGAUCCAAGAGAACCUCCUUCAUACAAGGGUGUAGCCCUAGGAGGAUUUGGCACGGGAGCCCUUCAAAGUCUUAUACUAAGCCCCGUUGAGCUACUAAAAAUCCGUCUUCAAUUGAAGCAAAAUCCACAUAUGGGACUAAGUACUGAAAAAGGUCCAGUAAACUUAGCCAAAACCAUUUUAAAAACCGAAGGUUUAAGAGGGCUAUACCGAGGUCUAACCAUCACGGUCCUCAGAGAUGCACCUGCUCAUGGAUUAUACUUUUGGACAUACGAGUACAUAAGGGAGAAGCUUCACCCUGGAUGCCGAAAAACAGGACAAGAAAGCCUAAAUACAAUGCUUGUAGCCGGGGGACUAGCUGGAGUCGCGAGCUGGAUUUCAUGCUAUCCGUUGGAUGUUGUCAAGACGAGGUUGCAGGCACAAACAAUAUCUUCAAUGAAAUACAGUGGAAUUGUAGAUUGCUUUAGGAAGAGUGUUGAGAAAGAUGGUUAUGGAGUUUUAUGGAGAGGGUUGGGAACUGCAGUUGCUAGGGCUUUUGUUGUGAAUGGAGCCAUUUUCGCUGCGUAUGAGCUUUCUUUGAGGUGCUUGUUCAAUGGUGUUGAUAAUGAGAGUAUACAGGCUGAGAACACAUUGAAGGCCUCAGGAUCAUAAGGUUUAUUUUUCUUGUGAUUUUAGUCAUAUUCAAGUGUUCAAACAAUUGAAUCAACAUAAUUUGGUAAUUAGUGAAAUUCAAAGUGAAUUUUACAGAUGAUUAAGCUUCGCACAUAGAAAAUUUAUGAUGGGGGUGAUGAUAAUGAAACUCUGAAAUUGACUUGCUGUUGGUUCAGAAAUAUCAGCUGAGCUCUAUUGUUGUAUGAAUUUUAAUGUAAGAAAUUGCAGAAAGUCGAUGAUUAUUGCAACUACUGAAAGUCUGAAAGUUGCAUAAAAGACUAUCUGAUCCACAUCUCAGUUGAAAAAGAAAAUUGAAUAUAUGGAAGUAUCAAUUAUUGGUCCAA